AAUAUUUAAUAAUCAGUGUAUAAUUUGUUCGUCAGUUAAGUUAAACACAAACUCCAUAUCCAGCAUUAUGUUCAGGUGUAUUUUGAAAAUGAAACCUGCUUUUGUCAAUAGCUGCAAUAAAUAUGUUCAUUCCAACGGUGGAAAUAGAUUUGUGGUGAGCAGAAAAUUAUUUGAGAACGAGCAUCGUACGCGGUGUAAUGCAAUGGAACCGGACAGCGAGUGGGAAUCAAAGUUAAGAGCUUAUCACGAGUUGAUGGAUAUAAACAAAGACGGAGUUGUUUCGUUGGAAGACCUGGUUAAACUCACAGAGAGAUUUGCAACAAUCAAUAACAUGACGAAGGAACAGAGCGUGAAGUUCAGCAACGUAAUUGAAACCUUGUGGCAUAAACAUUGGGGAUGCAUCGAUCCGUUUAAUUACGUCACUGUGGAAAAAUACUUAAGUUAUAUUCAAUACGUUAAGCGAAACGAAGAACUAAAGAACGACGUCGUACAACUUUUACCAUAUUUAUUUAAAGUAGUGGACAAAGAUCAAAGUGGUGAUAUUUCAAAAGAAGAAUACGACCAAUUUUUAAAAUGUAUUGGCACUUCGGCAGAGAACGAUUUAAUUAAAUCGCUGGGCAUUAUCAACGACACCACCGGCACAAUCAAAUUGGAUGAUUUGGUUUUUGUUAUCGACAAACAGUUCUUUUUGAACAAAUAAAUAUAAAA